AUGAGAUUCUUUACUUUACUCACUGCCGUGUCCUGGUCGUCGCUCGUUUGUGGUCUUCCCCUGGGUCCCGUCUCUAGUGGUGACCCUCAACUUAGUGGUGAUACUCCCAUUAUCGACCGCGUCCACCCCCGUGACAUUACCCUGUUCACCGAUGUCCUCGCCCUCUACCGCCGCGACGGGAUGCUGGACAUGAUCGUGUCGCUGUUGAUCCCGCUUCUCGAACCUUUGCUCACUACCCUCACCCAAUCUGGGGUGACGCCCGUGGUGCUUGACAUGUCGAUGGCCAACGCCGAGAUGAUGAAUUUCGUCGCUGACGGGGUCAUCUGGGCGUUGGAACACGAUUUGAUCGACUUCACCGACUUGUUUAUCGCUUUACAACGGUCGGGUUUGAUCAUCGAUACCCUCCAUUUAUCGGUGGAAAACCCCGCCGUCAUCCAAGGCUUGAUCAGAGUCGCCCUGGCCUACAUGGCGUUGCUGACCUCCGAUACUCAACCCACCGAGUUCACUGCGCCUCCCACCGGGGUCGCCUACUCCUCCGAAACUGCUACCACCGAAUUGACUACCCGUGAAAUUGAUAGCUUGGUCAAUUUGCUCGCUCGCGAAUCGAUCACGAUGAACCAGGUGCUUGCGGCGGUGAGCAAUUCCGGGUUAGCUCGCCAGUUCGUCACCCACCUCAUGACGACGCCGGAAUUGGCCGAGCCGGCGGCGGCGUUCGUCAAGCGGAUCGUCGACCUGGGGGCGGUGUCGGUAACCGAGGUGGUGCAGGCGUUUAUGCGGGCCAACAUUGUCCCCGAUUUGCUCCGCGAGAUCAUGGCCGACACUGCCCUUAUCGCCCAGUUGGGCUCGACGGCGAUGACGCUUAUUUCCAGUGGCAUGUCCCUGGUAGUGCAAUUGGUCGCUAAUCUCUUGCUGGGCCUUAUGACUCAAUAA